AUGGCCAUCCCACAGAACCACGAAGCAAGGGAGCGUCAGGUGCGUAUCGCUCUCAUCCUCUCGACCGACCUCUCCAAACACAUGCAGGAUCUCGGAGAUCUUCGGCUACGGCUCGGCAAUGGCGAUUUUGACCCCAGCGAAGUGGCCGCAGACCAGCAAUUGGCGCUGACGUGGUAUUUUCGGGCAUCGGACAUCGGACACUCUGCGAAGCCGUGGGAUAUUCACAGGCGCUGGUCCGAACGCUUGGUCGAGGAGUUCCAUGCCCAGGGCGACGUCGAAAGAGGACUCGGUCUGCCGCUGUCUCCGCUCUGCGACAGGAACAACUUCGAUCUGUCCAAGUCCCAAACGGGCUUUCUGCAGUUUAUUUGCCUGCCGAUGUAUGAAGAACUUGUCAGGCUGGACGAACUCCUUGAAAACCGCCUUCAGCUCAGACAGAGGAAGAAGCCGGCCACGUCCGUUUCUUUGCACGUUUCGCGCCAUGGGUUGAAAGUCUUGCCUUUAGACGACAUCGUGCCAAGCGAGCAGGAAUUGAAAGUGGAGUCGAGGCUCUCGCGGUCCUUCACCGGAGGCGCUGGUGUGCAAGAGAUUUGCAUCUUGAACCUUCCUUCCCUUCCCCCGACGUGGUCGCCAGCAAGUAAAUGCCGAAUGGCUGGAAGACUCUCAUGA